AUGACACUCAUGCUGAAAGGGAGCAAAGCGCUGGUCCUGGUCUUACUGGUUUCCUUUCUGGCUGUGACCUCCGUCUCCUCCCAGACUCCUCACUAUUGGAAGUUCGUGAGGGAACACAUCGACUUCCCCCAGACCAAUGCGGGACCAGAGUACUGCAACACGAUGAUGAGACAGAGAUUGAUGACAACUCCUUGCAAGCAGACCAACAGCUUCGUCCACAUCUCCAGGGAUGACAUGAAUAACAUCUGCAACUGGAGAGGGGGGACCUACUACCGCCGGAACUUGCGAAUCAGCAAGGUAGAGGUUCCCGUCACCACUUGCUUUCUGCAGAGCACGGCACCUAACCGGUGCUUCUACGAUUUCCACAGGGGAAGGAGAUUCAUCAUGAUUACCUGUGACAAAAAGGGGUGGCCUGACCUUUUUGAAGAGACCAAUUUCAUGUAG